UCUCGUAGUGAAGCGGAGUAAAACUUCUCUAUCGUCUGAAGCGCGUUAAAGGAGAAAUAAGCCGAAAUGCCUCUGUCUUCCAUCUGAACACGAUCUACCUGCUGGACAUACACGGAAUUCUCCUCGCAGCCUCAGUUCCUGUCGGCACCAACAACCAUGUCGUGCCGGGACAUCCAUGCCACCAACGCUUUUUCCUUCAUCAUUGCCUUCGUGUCAGUGGCAGGGCUUGCCGUGGCAACUGUAAUCCCACAGUGGCGAGUAACGAGACUCGUCACCUUCAAUCGCAACGCUAAGAAUAUCACGGUGUAUGAUGGGCUGUGGGCUAAAUGUGUGAAACAGGAUGGCUUCUCAGGAUGCUACUACUAUGAUUCAGAGUGGUACUCUAAAGUGGACCAGCUCGAUCUGCGGCUCCUGCAGUUCUGUCUGCCUGCAGGCCUGCUGUUCGGCUCGCUGGCCUUGCUGCUGUGCAUGUCUGGGAUGUGCAAGACCUGCUGCUGCUCAGACAAGCCUGAGCCGGACAUCAAAACUCUCAAAUUCCUGGUCAACAGUGCGGGCUGUCACCUGGUGGCUGGGACCUUCUUGUUCCUGGGUGGAGCUAUCGCCAUCACCCCCUCAAUGUGGUUCCUGUUCCGCACUAAGGCGCUGAACCUCAGAUAUGACAACAUGUUCUCUGAUGGGUUUGCUGUAUAUGUAGCAAUAGGCUGCUCCGGAGGACUAAUGCUGGCCGCGCUGCUGAUGUUCAUGUGGUAUUGUAUGUGUAAGAAGUUGCCUUCGCCCUUCUGGUUGCCACUGCCGUCCAUGUCGACCUCUCUGUCCACUCAGCCUCUCACUGCCAACGGAUAUCCUCCCUCCCCAGUGUAUGGUCCUCAGCCCUUCCCACCACAAGCCUAUCCUCCCACAGUCAUCGACACGCAGCAGUAUGUGCCAACCCACGGAUAUGCACAAAGUGUGGUUGCCCCUGCACCUACACAAGUGUACAUGUCUCAGAUGUCUGCUCCGGAUGGGUACGGUUCGGAGGUUGGAGGAACCCAGGCCUACAGCUACGCUCCCUCACAGAGCUACGCACCCUCGCAGAUCUACGCAACCUCGCAGAGUUAUGCACCUUCGCAAAGCUACGCUCCCUCUCAGGGAUACGGAUCCGGCUACGCAGGCCAACGCUACUCCAGCCGCUCACGCAUGUCUGGAAUAGAAAUCGACAUUCCUUUGCUGACACAAGGAGACUAAGAGAAGAUAAGUCCUUGAAACCUCUAGUCUUUUAACCUUAUUGAGGUUCAACACUGAUGAAACUAACAGAGUUUGAUGGAUGGAAGUUAUUAACAUGAGAGCUAUUAAUAGCCUCUAGAGUGACAGUGAAUUCAGUCAGUUCAAUCCAGGUUUGUAGAUUAAUGUUUAUGUACCUGGAGGUACAAUAUGAAGGAUGAUAUUUUCAUUUAAAUAUAUACGAACACUAAAGCACGGGUGUUAACAACACUGUAUUCAGCGUAUUGAUAUAGAAAGGGAAGAAAUUCAAGUUUAAUUUGGAGCCAUAAUCACUGAAAGACGCCUCAACUAACUUUUCUUCACUAUUUCACCAGAGUACGAUCAUCACAUUAUGUUUCCUCUCCUGUUUUGGUGGACAAGGGACCAACUUAGUAGUUACAAGCAAACAGACACCUGCAUUUGGUUGGUGGCUUUUUUAUAAAAUACCACUCUGACUAAACAUUCAUGAGGCCUCUAUGUUUGCUGCCAAAAGUAUAUUUUUCUGAACUCGUCAGGUUCAUGUUAAAGUGAAUUGUCCUGGUAUCCACUUUAUGGAGGUCUUCUGUUAUCUCUUCUGUUAUCACUACUGAACAAACACUUACUGACCUUAUACUAUAUGUUUUUAAAUAGACGCCUACUAACUCACUCACUCGUUUAGUGAAUUUUAACAUGAAUUAUUAAUAAUGUCACACUACCCUGCAAAGAGCUGCUGUUACAGGUUUUAAUGCACUAAUUAUGUGAAUGCUAUGCCAGUUUACAUUGCCUUUGUAAUUGUAUGGCCUCUAAAUAACUAUUUAUCCAUUAUUGCAGCAUAUAUGUUGUUUUUUUUACUGCAUGUUUAUGUGAAAAGGAUCAUGGCACUAGAUCUGUGAGUUCUGUUCAAUGUAAUGAACUGAUGCGGAGCUGUAAUAUCAGAAUAGCAAUGGCAGAAAUGAUAAUACUGUUCAUUUGCUCUACAGGACAUAUUAUGAUCAAAUAUAAAAGCAGUUGGAUACGCCAGAUGAAGUGGUGAGAAGUGUUAAUUUGUUCUAUUAGUACCACUAAACGUCUGCCAACUUAGCUGGAAGUGUGAUGUUCAGGAUGCUAGUAAUCCCAAUUUAACAGUCAGUUCAGUUGUUGCCUUUUGUGUGUUUUGCUUAAUGAGCACUGAUCAAUGUAAUGUUAAUCCUUAAUGUUUAGGUUCAUGAUAUUUUAAAAUGUUUUUUCUAUUCUGUCAUUGUUUUGUUUUUAUUAAAACAAAUCCCAAUACA